UUCGGCAAGACUUAUAUGAAUGGGUACGUUGUCUAUCGCGAUUGUCAAAUUCCGAAAUCUGUUGUCUGCUGGCUCUGUGUUACGUACAUGGAUCUCAAAUAAUUGAUCUCACGUUUUGCCUGCCGUCAUAUCUAGAGGACGUAUCUGUAGGUAAUUCUCAUCCCGGGUCCGCGGCACACAUUCCACCGACAACAUCCGCGACCCUGUGACGAAAUCGGGCCAUGACAAAUACAAUUCGCCAUAUCCAUCACGUCUUAGUAAAAAAAAACACUAUAAAAGAUACUGACCCCCCCAGUUCAUAGAUAACAACAUCGACUACCUACUAGCGACUUUCAUGUUUCUUAUCCGCCGACUUUUCUCUGCAUCUAUAUCGCCGCAAGCCAUGGCCGAAGCUAAGACCAAAGCUCAGAGCAUCAUCGAUGAGAAUGCCGUCGCGGUGUUUUCUAAAUCGUAUUGCCCGUACUGCAGCGCCUCGAAGCGCCUUCUCGACAGUCUAGGUGCCAAGUACAAGUUGGUAGAGUUGGACGAGGUGCCUGAUGGCUCUGCUAUCCAAGAUGCGCUUCAGGAGAUUUCGGGGCAGCGCACUGUCCCUAACAUCUGGAUCGGAAAGAAGCACAUCGGUGGCAACUCAGACUUGCAGGCUAAAUCUGGCGAACUGAAGAGUCUGCUUACCGAGGUCGGCGCUUUGUGACUAAAUAAUUCCCGAUCUAAGUUAUGAAGGGCUAUGAGAUAACACUACAAGUCCCCAGGCGUCUUACGACUAGGAACAAAGAAAGGAUUCGUCAUGUUUGGUAUUCAAGAGUAUGCGUCUAAACAUGUCCUUCCGACGGUGUGAAUCAGGGAAUAAACAAGCAAUGAUAAUAGACUUUCUUAUAAAUCAGGCAUCUUAUAGAUGCCCAUUGUUAUUAGCUAGAGUACUACUCUAGGAUUAAAUAUAGAUCGGUAUAUAUAAGACAGAGCUUCUAUUGAAGAA